AACCUGCACAAACUAUUUGUUAAUUUAAAGACGCAGAGAAAUCAGUCUCAAAAUAAGCACCCUGACCUCAUUAUCAUUUGAUUUACGGAGAGAUUAGAGUUUGUGAUUUGAGAUAGAAAAGAGGGAAAAAUGGUGUGGGUUCUUCUUCUCUUUUUGAUUUUGCUUACCUUUCUCUUUCAACAGUGAAACUAUUUCUCGUUUUAUUUCCCUUCUUUUAAACCUUCUUCAACUGCCUAGUUUUGUUCUUGCUAUAUUUCGCCCUCUCUGCCCUAGUUCACUUUCAUUUUCAUUUUCAUUUUCUCUCUUUCUUUCUUGGGUUAGAUAACUAGAAUAAUGCAGUUUUUCUUUUCCUUCUCUCUUCAUUACUAGAUAAGUCUCUUACAAAUCUUGGUUUUCUCCUCUUUCUCAUAUUGUCUUAGCUCCUUCUUGUUUAAUCCCAUUUCAAGUUUUUCUUUUUCUUUUGAUCCAUUGUGUUAUUACUAACAAUGAGUUUACAACGUUUGAUGGGUGAUGCUCAUGGCUUCAGUGUCGUUCACCAAGACUUGAACUUUGUGCCUCCUCCUACUUCUCCUCCUCAGCUUUCUCUGUCUGAGUCUUUUGGAGUUUUGGGUCAUCGUCCCAUGGGAAUAGAGACAAAUAAUCCUGCAAUAAUGGGGCUUCAGAUUUUGAACCCUUCUGGCCUUGAGCCAGAGGAGAACAGGGGAGCAAAAAAAACAGUUGAAGAAAGAGACGGGUUUUUUGGGAGUGAAAAGAAGGGGCUUUCUUUGAACUUAGAUGAGGAAAUAGAGGAAGUUAACACCUCUGUUUCUGUCAAAACUAAGCACACUAAGCUUUGUACUAGAGGCCAUUGGAGACCUGCUGAAGAUGCUAAACUCAAAGAGCUUGUCGCCCAAUAUGGUCCUCAAAACUGGAACUUAAUAGCUGAAAAUCUUGAAGGAAGAUCAGGGAAGAGUUGCAGAUUGAGAUGGUUUAAUCAGCUAGAUCCAAGAAUCAACCGGAGGACAUUCAAUGAGGAAGAAGAAGAAAGGCUGUUGGCUGCUCAUAGAUUUUAUGGAAACAAAUGGGCGUUAAUUGCAAGGCUAUUUCCGGGGAGAACUGAUAAUGCAGUGAAGAAUCAUUGGCAUGUGAUAAUGGCUAGAAAACUGAGAGAACAAUCAAGCAUUUACAGAAGGAGAAAGCCAAAUUCUGCCUCUCAAACUGGACUUGAAAACAUGAUUAUCAACAAAAAUGCCACCAGUGAAUCAACCAACUCCAGCAAUGAAUCCGCCUCAACCAUCACUGAUCUCUCUCUCACUCCAUCUUCAACCAAACUUUCACCUGCUAUUUUCACUAGGUUCUCACUCAUGGGUUCAUCUAAAGAAAAGGAGAUAACAAGGGGAAGUAUUGGAGAUGUUGACAAAUUUUAUGGAUAUUACAAAGCAGGUAAAGUGGAAGUGGUUAUGGGAGUGGACCAAUCUGUGCAUUCAUCAGAUUCAAAUUCAGAAGUUUCAGCAACAGACUCUGUAACCAACAACAACACCAACACCAACACCAACACCAAUCUAUCUCUCGCAGGGCAAAAUACUUCUCAGAAGAACAUUAGCAUGGCCUUCAUUGAUUUUCUUGGAGUAGGAGCUUCUUAGAAAUUUUGGAUUUUGAAGCACAUUGGGGUGCACUCCAAUGCCAAAACUCUAGAGUCUUGCAGGAGGUCGCAUUUCUACAGUCUUGAAUGUACAGUUAGUUUCAUAAAAGCAAAAAGAGAACAAAUGGGUAAAAAAAAAUUGGAGAAGAGAGAGAGAGAGAGAGAGAGAGAGAGAAACAGAGAGUUAUGACUCAUAUAAUAUAAUAAUAAUAAUUAUAUUAUGAGACUUGUAAUUUUGGAGUUAUAUGAAUAUGCAAGGUUUUGUUAUUCUCUGAAUUUGAGUCGUAUGAGUGGGUUUUGAAUGGGCGAUGAAAAGAAGAAAGGCAAAGUAAAAUUUAGUUGUGGUGAGUGAGUGAUGCAUGAAGCUGCCCGACUUUUAUGACUUUUCAAUGCUGUAUGGUACACUUUUGUUGACCAUAUUAUAUA